AUGGUGAAGAAGAACAGCAUCCCGGAGAGGUGGCGCUCUCUGACUGCCAUUGGAACGCGAGUUCCAGGAUCCCGAUUUAUUGCCUUCAAAGUUCCUUUGAAAGGGGCCACUAAUCAACGUGUGACACAGACCCAGAAAUUUACCCCUAAGGAUUUAGUGACUGCAAUUCGCAACCAAAAUGAAGAACUUGGAUUGAUCCUAGAUUUGACAAACACCGAACGCUAUUAUACCACUAAGGAUUUGCCUAGGAGUGUGCAGUAUGUGAAGCUACACACAGCAGGUCUCAAAAUACCAGAUGAUGCAACAGUCCACCAGUUCAAGAGACUUGUCAGACAGUUUCUUUUUGCCAAUGAAGAUAAUGAUAAACUAAUUGGUGUUCACUGCACAACUGGGAUUAACAGGACGGGAUAUCUGAUCUGCAGGUACUUGAUAGAUGUAGAUGGGUGGCGACCCCUGCAUUCAAUUACCGCAUUUGCAAAUUCCCGUGGCCAUCCAAUUGAAGGAGCAGUUUACAUUGAAGAUCUAAUUAAAGGACCUAUGCGAAGCAAUGUUGGCAUAGAUCUGCCUCCGACAGAGGAAGAGAAAAGAGCUCUGAAUAGUGGUUCUGAAGAUCUAUCAAGAGAUGAUCAAGGAAAUGACUUUGGAGAUUUUGAUGCACGUGAUAGGCGGUCUUUACCACAAAUGAGAUCGGACGACUGCCUGGAUGAUUUUGAUGCAAGGGAAUCAAGGGUUGCUCCUAGAAAUAUACUAGGUGAUCAUGAUCUUCGCUUACCUUCGCAUGAGCCUCAGGACACACAUUACAUGGGGGAUAGACAAGAGCCUCUGUAUCCUGAGAGGUUACGAAGACCUGGAAAUUUCAAUGUAGAUAUGGAAAGCUUCCAUGACCCUACACCAAGGCCCCUCAUGAGCAUUCCACCUCUUGUGCCCAGAGAGAUGCAGCGACGUUUUCAGGAUCCUGGGAUGGUACGUGAAGGCAUGGAUUAUGAUGUGAGAUCAAGGGGUCGCCCAAUGCAUGCAUUGCAAUCACAAGACUUUUCUUCAGAUAUGCAGUAUGAUGAUCCUUCCCCUCAUCCUUUACCAUUGUUUCCACGCAACCAAAUGAAUAAUCCUGACUUUGAGGAAGAAGCUGAACAAUCUUAUGAAGAGGAUUUUAUUGGUAAUGAAGACCCCAUAUUUGACCCUAGAGGUAGAGAAGCAAUGACUGGUUCUUUCCGAGGUCCUGUAAAUGAAAGGAUGCAGCCAAGAAAUGCAAGACCAUUGGGAGGACCCAUGGGUGAAAGAAUGAACCCUAGAGAUUCAAGGCUUAUGGAAGGACCUGUAAAUGACAACAUGCAUCAAUUCAUGGAUGAACCUAUGAAUGAAAGAAUGUAUCCAAGAGAAGGUUCUAUGAAUGAACGAAUUCCACAAAGAAAUACAAGGCCUAUGGAUGCACAAAUAGGUGAAAGGGGACAUGGAAGAGAAGCACCCUAUAUGGAAGAUACUUCAUUCAUGGAGGAUUCUAUGAAUGACCAAAUGAACCUAAGAGAUGCCAGAGCAGGUAAAGGCUUCAUGAAUGAAAAGUUGCAUCCACAAGAAUUACGGAACUUUGAAGGGCCAAUGAAUGAAAGGAUGCCUCAUAGAGGUUUACGGGCCAUGGAAGGUCCGAUGAAAGGCCCAUUAUCUGAAAGAAUGCAUCCAAACCCUGCACGGCAUAUGGACUAUUCCAUGAACGAAAGGAUGGACCCAAUGGAAGGACAAAAUAUGGAAGAUCCUGCAUAUGAAGAGAUGCAUCUAAAAGGCCCAAGAGCAAUGGGUGGUCCCAUGAAUCCUCGGAUGCCCCCAAGGGGUGCACGUCCUGCGCCAAACUCCAUGGUUGACCGAGGGUAUCCAGGAGGUGCAAAAGCUAUGGAUGGCUCUAAUAAUGAUCACAGUACCCAAGAGAUGGUGGAGAUGGAAUGUACCCUAGACCUGCACGCCCCACAGAAAGCCCUAUGAAUCGGUUGUACCCAAGUGAUGCUCGGGCCACAGAUGGUUCCAUGAAUGAAUGGAUGCAACAGGGUAAUGCAAGAGCCAUGGAAAGGCCUCUAAAUGAGCGGAUGCAUCCAGGGCCAACGAGAGGGCCAAGACCAAUGGAUGGAUCAAUGCAUGAGGAUUUUGCAAGACCAUUUGAAGGUAGGAAGAUGAAUCCUUCAGAAGAACCGCACAGGCCACCCAACAGGUUUGCACCAUAUCCCCCCAAGAAGCCAUCAGAAGCCCAGGAGUUAAGAGGACCACAUAAUAUGGCACCUUCUGCUCGUCCCCUUGGUAUGCCUGAGAUGGGUGCCCACUUUCCACAAAGAAGCAGAUUUCAGUAA